AUGGCAGAGAAGACCUUCCCUUUCACCUCCUCCACACCGCACGCUCUCCGCCUGCAGCGGGAGUGGCUGGAGUGGGAGGACUGGCAGCGGGCAGCGGUCCAGCAGUGCCAAACCUACAGGUGCCCCCCAGGUUCCUGGGCCCAACUCACUAGGCCUCGCCGUUCCUGCUGAGACUCUGCUGUCCACAGUGCCCUGUUCUUUGGCGACCUGCAGCAGGUCCAAGCCCUGUGCCAGGGUGAAGAGGCUGGCAACAUGACUGUGGAGACUGUGAGCCACCAGCUGGCCUGGUCAGCUGGACAGGGGAGAGUGGUGCAGGCAGGCCCCCCAGUGACCUCCUUGCUUGAGUGGGUGUGGCUCUUCUGGAAGAGUGAUCCUCAUGUUUGGAGGCAGGAAAUAGUCACUAACUUGCUAUGCUCCAAGCUGCUGCUGGAGGCAGGAGCAACUGUGAAUGGAUGGGCAGAGCAGGACAGCGAGGUGAUGCCCCUGCAAGUGGCAGCAACGCGAGGCCUGGAGGACCACAUGGCUCUCUACCUGGAGCUGGGCGACAUGGGCCUGCGGACCAGCCAGGGCGGGACGGCCCUGAACGCAGCGUGCGCAAGGGCAGAGGGUCCAGGUGGCAGCUGGCAGCACCAGGCAGUGGCGCGCCAGCUCCCAGAGGCAGGAGCUGAUGCCUGGGAAGCUGGGUGCAAGUGCCACACGCUGCUGUACAAUGCCUGUGCCAACGGCUGUGGGGGCCUGGCGGAGCUGCUGCGCUCCACAGGGCGCGCUGGACUCCCCAGCGGGGUGAGCCACACUCCCAUGGACUGUGUCCUGCAGGCAGUCCAGGAUCCCCCCAACGGGGAGCCUGGGGUCCUCUUCACAGUGCUGUUGGACUACAGGGCCCAGCCUGUCUGCCCUGAGAUGCUGAAACACUGUGCCAACUUCCCUUGGGCCCUGGAAGUCCUGCUUAAUGCCUACCCUUGUGUCUCAUCCUGUGAUACCUGGGUUGAGGCAGUGCUCCCAGAGCUGUGGCAAGAGCAUGAAGCCUUUUACAUCUUGGCCCUGUGCAGGGUGAACUAGCCCAGGAAGCUACAGCACCUGGCCCGGCUGGCUGUGCAUGCUCAGCUGGGUAGCCACUGCCAAUAGGCUGCUGCCCACCUCCCACUGCCCCUGCUCCUUAGGGACUAUCUGCUGCAGCACGCAGAGGGGCGCAUCCAGUGAACUUCAUGUCAGG